CCCGGCCCCGCCCGCCCCGCGGAGCCGCCGCCAGUCGCGCCGAGGCUCGGGAGCUGCGGGCGCCCGCCAUGGGCACGGGGCACCAGCGGAUGCGCCGCGCCAAGAUCCUGCUUUUCAUCUUCAACCUGACCUUCUGGCUGGCAGGACUGGCCAUUAUUGCCUUUGGUCUAUGGCUGCGUUUCGGUGGGGUUAUGGCAGACUUUGCUUCAGACAAGAAGUCUCCAGAGUAUUUCUUCAUGGGACUGUACGUACUGGUGGGAGCAGGAGCUCUCAUGAGCACAGUUGGAUUUUUUGGGUGCUGUGGAGCAGCGCGGGAGUCCCAGUGCUUGCUUGGAACAUUCUUUGCUUGCUUGUUGGUGAUAUUUGCAGCUGAGAUCACUGCUGGAGUAUUUGCCUUUAUAGGCAAGAAAGUGGCAAUACAGGAAGCUCAGAAAAUCUAUGAAGACACUUACGAUGACUAUAUGAAAAACCCAGGAGGAAAAGUCAAUGGGACUAUCUAUCGCUACCACUUGGCUCUCCAGUGCUGUGGUAAAGAUACUAUAGAACAACAAGUGGGAUUACCCUGUCCAGAGAAUAUCCAGAUGCCAAAGAACUGCCUGGUUGAAAUCCAGAAUGUAAUUGAUGCUUAUCUGCAUUUAGUCGGAAUUGUUGGAAUUGCAAUUGCUGGCACCACAAUCUUUGGCAUGAUAUUCAGCAUGGUUCUGUGCUGUGUGAUCCGUAACACGAGAGACAUGAUCUAAAACGGUCAAUGCACAACUGUGGCCCAGGAUUUCCAGACUAAGCUUUACAAGAAGUGCUCUUCUACCCAAUUUAAUAAUUGUAAUGCAAUUUAAUUAGUGUUUUAACAUACUGAGAGGAAAAUAUCCCACUAGGUGAGCCAAAGUGAACAAAAAGGGGUUUUAAAAUGUCCUUUUUAAUGAGAAAAGCAAAGGUGCAUCUAAGACUAAUUUGAUUUUUAAUGUUUGUAUAUGUGCGGUUAAAAGUUUACACAUCUAUAGACAGUGUGUAAGCACACGCAUCUCCUUACAAGCGUGUGCCCAUGAGCAGGUGCCUGCAGUGUGGUACCUUGUUUAGGGAAAUAUGUGCUGAUGCAACAGGUUGUGCAUCCACACGAGAGGGCAAGUUCCUCCAGAGUCCCGCUGUGCCGGAGCAUGCACGCACCUGUACGUACACAGGGCUUGAAACUCUUCUGUAUUGAGCCCGGAUGCCAACAAUUAGCAGAGGAACAAACGCCACUUUCAAAAGCAAGACCUAUGAUCCACUUUGUAACUGUUCUUUCCAAAGACUUAACAGAGUAGAACUAAUAAAAAUGGACUUUAUUUAAAAAACUGUAAUGCCUAAGGGCCUGCUCCAGCAAACUUUAAUCCACAUGAGCAGACCCACUGACUUCACUGUCAUGCAGAGACUGGAUUCUUUUUUUUAGGACUGGACCCUUCAUGCAAAUGCAGAAAGCUCUGGGGGAGGAAACAUGUCCAAGGAGAUUCAGGCUAAAAGAGGAGGGGGAAAGAGGUGGGAAGCUGGCAAGAUAACACAGUCAUUUGGGAGAAAUUGCAGUGCAAAGGACACUUAGGCUUCCAAAGAUAGCCUGAGACACACAUAAAUAGGUCUGUGAGUCAAAGAGGCUGCUAAAAUCUUUAGUCAGAAGUCCCUUUAUCCUGCAAGACUCUCUAUGGAAUAUCUGCUGGUGCAGGAGUGGAGCCCAUUUCCAGAAAAGCAGCAGCCUUGUCAGCUACUCUGUAGAAUCUCAGUGGGCUGUGGAAGUCAACCGAAGAGUGAGAACAGUCAGGGAAGGACACACAGCACUUUAAUAUCCUCCGUUUCUGCUUCUGUGACUAUCACAGCUUCCACGGGGCUCUUACCUCAACCUCUCACCCUUUCUUGCGGGUGUAAGGCAGGAAAGAAAGAUAGGAAAUAUUUACAGAGCCAUAAAGUAAAUUUUCUUACUGGCACCUUUAGAUUGCAUGUCAGGUAUAGAAAUUACACUGUCUGCUUGAAAUACCUCAGGGCUUGUGUUUACAUAGUUUGUUCCUAUAUUUUUAUUUUUCUAUUUGUCAUAUUUAUUCAAAAGAGAAUGUUAAAACAGCCUAGAGGGGAGAAAUGUUGUCCUCAGAAGGGGGAAAAUAAAUUACAUCAAAGGCUCAGAAUCUCUUAAUUUUUGGCUCAUUCAAGAUAAUUCACCAUUACAGAGAACAGCUUUUUGCUAAUGAUACCCACACAGCUCUGUCUCUGACGAUCACCAGUUCAGAUUUCUGAUGCAGUCAUUCCAUAUAUGAUAGGGAAAACUUCAGCUAAGCUACAGAUCUCGCUGAAAUGGUCCAUGAUGUCCGACAGGACUUGGCAUUUACAAGUCUUGGGGUCUUUAUUCCACUGAAACACGACAGGAAGAAAUGGGAUUUCAGCAAAAGUGUGCAUUCCAGUGCACGUGUUUGCAUGGAACAGACAUCCCCCAUGAUAUUGAUCUCUCAUUUCCCAAAGAAACUCAAACUCCCAAUGCUUUUCUUUUACUUCAGGAUUGCAAAUAGUGUUGCUGUUUCUUAUAUCCAAUCCAACUGACACAUACAAUAGUUUGGCUUGAAAGAAACCUUAAAGAGCAUCCGGUUCCAACACCCUACCUGCUUUUUUACAUCUAGUUCCAACUCCCUCGCUGCUUUUUACAGUCUUUUUUUCCCCACUGUUCCACCACAAACUGACACCGAGACGGCUGUGCAGUAAACAUGGGACAUGCAGCCGGCACGAAGCAUUCCCGGACUGGCUUCAGGUGCCAGCUGACAGGGAGAUGUUAUAUCCGACACCAAAGCAGAGUCCGGCUUGUCUCACUGUUCACAGCCGAUUAGCUACAGAUGCCAUGUAAAAGUAGGGCCUGGGAAUUACUCUGCAAGCACCACAGCGGGAAAUAGGGCCCCAACCUGCUGUCUGCUCUCGAGAAAGGCUCUGCCAGGAGAACAGCCCUGGCAGAAAAUCCAAGAGAGCCACAGGUCAAAACUAAGAAGGCAGUUUUCUCACGGCAGACAACUGACGUAGCCAAAGCAGUUUCCUGGAUCCUACGUACACCUGAGACUGUCCCCACAGCUGGUUCUGCUCUACACAGAUAAUGGGAUAGGAUCCAGCUGGGGUGUUUUCUCCCCAGGUAAAACUAACAUAAAGGAAAAAACCUACCUAGAGUGUCAGUUUUCUUUCCAGGAAAACUAGCAAAAAGAGCACAACAGGGAAGCCCGUGGUUCAGGUUCCAAGAUUAUUGCCCUACAGGGACAGAAAUGUACAGCGAAUAAAAUUAUUUCCUUCUGUUACGCUCCCCUUAUAAUGACAGUAUUUUAUUUAUUUUAAACUAAUUGCAUAGAAUUGAUUUUAGUUCUUCAAAUUUGUAUCACCAGAAUGCAAUGACAGGCCCCGAGUUUACUCCCUCACUGGCUUACUGUUUCCUGAGUAAGCUGGGCGAUGCCCACUCCUGCUUUUGAGGUGCACUGAAUAAAAAAAGGCAGCUUGCAGAAACUUCCGUGGCUUCCCCAGCCUCCACUCCCCCAGAAGUACAAAAACCAUCCAAGUGCCUUAUGAAAAUAGGGAAGAGUGGUAACAAAGGAACCACCUAUAAAUUCAGACUUGAACAACCUAACUUUCUGCUCAAGUGUUUUGGGUUUGCGGUUGUUUUUUUCUUCCUCUGCUGAGGAGCGCAUUUGUUUUUCUGAGCAUAGUUACUGCUGAUCCUCCAGGGUUUACUGCUGUUCUUGCACUUGCUCUGCAUAUCAGGAACAGAAUAUUGCUUACUAGUGUAGUUCUCUAAGUUAUUGGUAUAAUUUAAGCUGGAAAUCAAUGUUAUGCAUCCACUAGCACCUUUAACAGAAUCCAGAAAUAAAGCCUCUUCUGUUGUCUCCUGCUUUUGUGAGGUGCAUGAUAAUCUUUGCAGUUUUCUCUGCACCUGAGUAACUGAAAGUC